AAUCUAACUACAUCAUUAAGGGGAAAGAAAAACCAAGGUUUAAAUAUGCGCGGUGGAUUUAGAGGACGUGGAGGAGGUCGAGGAGGCGAUCGCGGAGGUCGAGGAGGAGGACGUGGAGGCGCUCGUGGAGGCGCUCGUGGAGGUGAUCGCGGAGGUCGAGGAGGCGGUCGUGGAGGCAGUCGAGGAGGAGGUCGUGGAGGCGGUCGUGGAGGUGGCCGUGGGGGGCGUGAUGCGGGUAGCAAGGUUGUCGUGACUCCUCAUAUGCUUCACCCAGGUGUCUUUAUAUCCAAAGGGAAGGCUGAGUCAAUCUGCACUCUUAACAUGGUGCCAGGGAUUUCUGUUUACGGUGAAAAGCGCAUCGAGCUCGGGGCAUCCCAAGGUGAGGAGAAAAAGGAGUACCGCCUGUGGAAUCCGUACCGCUCAAAAUUGGCCUCUGCGAUAUACGCUGGUGUUAGUUCCGUUCACAUGGGUCCAGGCUCAAAAGUACUGUAUCUUGGAGGUGCUAGUGGGACGACCGUUAGCCAUGUCAGUGAUCUGAUUGGACCAGAGGGAAUGGUAUACGCUGUUGAAUUUUCUCACCGUGUCGGCCGCGAUCUUGUCGAGAUGUCCAAACGCCGUCCGAACAUUGUUCCUAUCAUUGAAGAUGCUCGUUACCCAAUGAAGUAUCGAAUGCUGGUACCAAUGGUAGAUUGCAUUUUCAUGGAUGUGGCGCAACCUGAUCAGGCGCGCAUUCUAGCUCUUAAUGCUCAGGCUUUUCUCCGAAAUGGUGGACACUACGUAAUUUCUAUUAAAGCUAAUUGCAUUGACUCAACCCUUGCAGCACCUGUAGUUUUCGCAUCGGAAAUUAAUAAAAUGAAAAAGGAUAAACUUAAACCAUUGGAGCAAGUUUCAUUGGAGCCUUUUGAGAGGGAUCACGCGGUCGUUGUUGGGGUUUAUCGCUCAGUGAAGAAAUCUGUGUCUAACUAGCGAUAUUUUCCUUUACAUAUCAUGGGUCUCAUUUCUAUUGGAGUCAAUAUGUUGCAAAUAAUAACUGAUAAUGAAUCAUAUUAAAUCUAUAAGAUAACUAAUCCUUUUCGAUCAAGGCGUGAGUAUUAUGAUCAAAGCCGUUUUAGUUCCUUUUUAAACAUGAUAAAUAUUUAACUUUA